AUGGCUGCUGAUCAUAACAAGCUUGCCUUCUCAGCUAGGCGCGGUGCUCCUCCAGCUCUAGUCUCUCUUUCCCUAUUUUCUCCGGUUUCUGCUCCCACCUCGCCCCGGCUCUCGAGCCAGUUCAAGCCAAGCCAAGCUGUUCCAUCACCUCGGCGGUUGCCAUGGGUGGACCCAGAAGAACAGCUUGUGAAUGAAGGGGAAGCCAGCUCGGAUAUAGCCAUUGGCAUUGGCUUUAACCGAGAUGAAAAUGUGGGUUCAGACCUGUCUAGUCCAAUUCAAAGGUUUCUCAUUGUUGCUGCUCUUGGUCUUGCUGUUGCUGAGUCUAGAAAGAAUAGGCUCAUCAAUCAGCUCAAAAAGUCUGUGGAGCUAAGGGAUGAGGUUCUAUCAAGCAUGGAGCAGAAGCUUGACAAUCUGUGUGAUCAGCUGAAUGACAUUAAUAAUCAGGAAGAAACUAAAGCAAACGAUGCUUUUGGCUGCGACAGAAUCCAAUUUGUUGACGGUGGUUCCUGGCAAUGUGAUGAACACCAAGAACAUGAUGAACACCAAGAACAUGUAGCUGGUUUGGUGGGGACCUCUGCUGUGAGAAUGCCUAGAGGGGAUGAGAUGCUGCAUCGCAAAAUCCCUUUCCGAAAUGAGGAGGAACCAGAAGAGCAGCAAAUGUCAGAUUUUUCAGAUUGGGCUUCAACUGGUUCUGCAGAAGAAAUACAGAUGAACACCUUUGCAAUAGACCAAGACAUGUUUAAUCUGAAGAAAGAGUGUGAAGAAAAGGAUGCCACCAUAAAGGAGCUGAGCACCGAUCUUCAAUCAUUUGCAGGUUCAAAGAGAUUUGCCGAAUUGGAAGACAUUAUAUGCAGGAAGAACACAAUGAUCAAAAGACUUAAGAGGAACAUGGUGGUCUUAGAAGAAAAGGCGGAGCUUUCUCCGAGACUUCGGGGACCAUCCCAUUCGUUAUCUAUCUCAGACAAUUGGGAACUUCCUAUCAUGGUGGAUAACAUACUCUAUGACCUGGACAGUUCUUCCUCUUCUGAUUCAGAUUCGUCUCCUUCAAACCAACCACAACCUCCUCCUUUUACGGUUCAGGAGACUCCUGUUCAGAGUGAUGUCCUCACUUUGACAACAACCCAGAAACCAGCUCAAGCGAAGGCCUCAACGUUUUCGGUAGGGUUAACGGAACCAAAGGCAAAUUCUAGAUCAGAAAGGCUUCUGACAGAAAUACCAACAAAGCGAAAAUCCAUUGGAAACUCUUCUUCGAGACCAGAGCAGUUGUCAGCUGGAGAGCACAUCAGGAAGAUUAGAAGGAAAGGUAGAGAACUUCAUGCAAAGUCUAGAGCAGAAAGUCCUCCUAAAGAAACAUCAAGAAACCAAGAAUCUUCUGGUCUUUCUCCUUCAAAGCCAAAGCAAAUGUUAGCUGGAGGAGACGGCAGGAAGAUUAGAAGGCAAACUCAAAGUUCAUCCAAGGAUACAACUCCAAAGAAGAGAUGGCUCUAGUUUUUGGGUGGUUGAUUCAUGGAGAAAAUGCAGUGGAGCAAGGCUGGAAACAAGAGUGAAAUUGCCUCGUCUUUCAAACUCAUGUACAGCUAGAUAUAUACAACAGGCUAGUUCAUGUAUAGAACUGAAUAGCCAAGUUGCUA